CCUUUAUUCUGUGUUUGUCUGUGUGUUGCCAGGCCUGGGCGGAUGCCUUCAGGAGUAGCCCUGACCCGGACAGGCCUUUAUUCUGUGUUUGUCUGUGUGUUGCCAGGCCUGGGCGGAUGCCUUCAGGAGUAGCCCUGACCCGGACAGGCCUUUAUUCUGUGUUUGUCUGUGUGUUGCCAGGCCUGGGCGGAUGCCUUCAGGAGUAGCCCUGACCCGGACAGGCCUUUAUUCUGUGUUUGUCUGUGUGUUGCCAGGCCUGGGCGGAUGCCUUCAGGAGUAGCCCUGACCCACACAGGCCUUUAUUCUGUGUUUGUCUGUGUGUUGCCAGGCCUGGGCGGAUGCCUUCAGGAGUAACCCUGACCCGGACAGGCCUUUAUUCUGUGUUUGUCUGUGUGUUGCCAGGCCUGGGCGGAUGCCUUCAGGAGUAGUCCUGACCUGACCGGGGUGGUCCAUAUUUAUGAGGAGCUGAAGAGGAAAGGCAUAGAGUUCCCCAUGGCUGACCUGGAUGCUCUGUCACCCAUCCACACACCACAGAGGGGUCUACCAGAGGUGGACCCAGCUGUACUAAAGUACAAAGCCCCCAUCCAGCCCCUCGCUGCAGCCACAGCCACCCUCCCCAAGCCUGUAGCCGCCCCGGCUCCGGCCCCCGCCCCCCUCACCCCUGUCCUACAGAUACCACACAUCCCCAACGUACAGGGCCCUAUCACCGCCAACCCUGAACAGAUCGCCCGGCUGCGCAGUGAACUGGACAUUGUGAGGGGAAACACCAAAGUGAUGUCAGAGAUGCUGACUGAGAUGGUGCCUGGACAGGAGGACUCCUCGGACCUGGAACUCCUUCAGGAGCUGAACAGGACGUGCAGGGCCAUGCAGCAGCGGGUGGUGGAGCUGAUCUCCCGGGUCUCCAACGAGGAAGUGACAGAGGAGCUGCUGCACGUCAACGACGACCUCAACAACAUCUUCCUACGAUACGAGAGGUAUGAGAGGUACCGGUCGGGUAGAGCGGCUCAGAAUAACGGGAUGCUGAGUGAAGCCACAGAGGACAACCUGAUAGACCUAACACCAGGCUCGCCCGCUGUGGUCAGCCUCCGAGCCACCUCCACACCCCCGUCCAGCAUCCCCCCUGUGACCGCCCCCAGGGCUGGAGCUACAGCCUCCCCUGCCCGGACCCUGAUCCAAGACCCUACCUCUGGUCCCUUAACUCUGUCCACUCAGCUCGCCGGCCUGGGUAAGGAUGGGGAAUGGUUCAAUAGGACCAUAAAUGAUACUCUGUGUACUAUAUACAAAUGCACCAGAUGCUAGGUACGCUAUACUGUA